GUGUGACCGAGCGCACGUAGCGAGGGCUGCGGCCGUCCCUUUCCCGGCGCGCCGGCGCAGGCCUGGGGCUUAUAAAAGGGUUGACGGGCUCCCUCUGUCGCCCAGUCGCACCGCCAGCAGGCUGAGGGUAGCGGGGAGGUAGCCACCCGAGCGCAGGCGACGGGACCCGACAGGACCAACCGGACCCGAGCUGUCGCCGCCCACACGCACGGCCCGCUGUCCAGUGUGCCCACGGUGAUUACAAGAGGCAUCAGAUCUCCUGGAACUGGACGUACAGACAUUUGAGAAUCCAAUAAUUGUUUCAGUUAAGGCAUAUAUUGAGAUGAACUAGUGUUGGAUUUUAGAGACACUGUCUUGAAGGUGUCUUUGAUUCUGUAUUUUGAUAGGUGUGUGAACCCAUAAGGUCUUCCAAAAUGAUCUGGUGUGUUUUAAUGAUAGGGAUUCUGCUUCCUCAGUCUUCAGCCCAUCCAGGCUUCUUUACUUCAAUUGGUCAGAUGACUGAUUUGAUCCAUACUGAGAAAGAUCUGGUGACAUCACUAAAGGAUUAUAUUAAAGCAGAAGAGGACAAGUUAGAACAGAUAAAAAAAUGGGCAGAGAAGUUAGACCGACUAACCAGUACAGCAACCAAAGACCCAGAAGGGUUUGUUGGGCAUCCUGUAAAUGCAUUCAAAUUAAUGAAGCGUCUGAACACUGAAUGGAGUGAGUUGGAGAAUCUGAUCCUCAAGGAUAUGUCAGAUGGCUUUAUCUCUAACCUGACAAUUCAGAGGCAGUACUUCCCUAAUGAUGAAGAUCAGGUUGGGGCAGCUAAAGCUCUGUUUCGUCUGCAAGACACCUACAAUCUGGACACAGACACCAUCUCAAAGGGCAAUCUUCCAGGAGUGAUACACAAGUCUUUCCUAACAGCCGAGGACUGCUUUGAGUUGGGCAAAGUGGCCUAUACAGAAGCAGAUUAUUACCACACGGAACUGUGGAUGGAGCAAGCACUAAUGCAGCUGGAGGAAGGCGAGAUUUCCACCAUAGACAAAGUCUCUGUUCUAGACUAUUUGAGCUAUGCAGUGUACCAGCAGGGAGACCUGGAUAAGGCACUUUUGCUCACAAAGAAGCUUCUUGAACUGGAUCCUGAACAUCAGAGAGCUAAUGGUAACUUAAGAUAUUUUGAGUAUAUAAUGACUAAAGAAAAAGAUACCAAUAAAUCUGCUUCAGGUGACCAGUCAGAUCAGAAAACUACACCAAAGAAAAGAGGGAUUGCUGUGGAUUACCUGCCAGAGAGACAGAAGUACGAAAUGCUGUGCCGUGGGGAGGGUAUCAAAAUGACUCCUCGGAGACAAAAAAAGCUGUUCUGCCGCUACCACGAUGGAAACCGAAAUCCUAAAUUUAUUCUGGCUCCAGCCAAACAGGAGGAUGAGUGGGACAAGCCACGUAUUAUUCGUUUCCAUGAUAUUAUUUCUGAUGCAGAAAUUGAGGUUGUCAAAGACUUAGCAAAACCAAGGCUGAGCCGAGCUACAGUACAUGACCCUGAGACGGGGAAAUUGACCACAGCACAGUACAGAGUAUCUAAGAGUGCUUGGCUGUCUGGCUAUGAGGACCCUGUGGUAUCUAGAAUUAAUAUGAGAAUACAAGAUCUCACCGGACUAGAUGUUUCCACAGCAGAGGAAUUACAGGUAGCAAAUUAUGGAGUUGGAGGACAAUAUGAACCCCAUUUUGACUUUGCACGGAAAGAUGAGCCAGAUGCUUUCAGAGAGCUCGGGACAGGAAAUAGAAUCGCUACAUGGCUGUUCUAUAUGAGUGAUGUGUCUGCCGGAGGAGCCACUGUGUUUCCUGAAGUGGGGGCUAGUGUUUGGCCCAAAAAAGGCACCGCUGUCUUCUGGUAUAAUCUGUUUGCCAGUGGAGAAGGCGAUUACAGUACACGGCAUGCAGCCUGUCCCGUGCUAGUUGGAAACAAAUGGGUAUCCAACAAAUGGCUGCAUGAACGUGGACAGGAAUUCCGAAGACCGUGCACCCUGUCAGAACUGGAAUGACAGACCGGCUCUCCUCGCUCCUGUUGUCCUCCAAUGCGCCCGGCACAAUCGCUGAUAACUUUCAGACGUUUACAGCUGACUAACACUCCAUGGUUGACUCGGUCAUGAACCUCGUCCUGUGUUUUGUCUGUGGACAAUCACUUAUUGUAUGGGUUUUUUUGUUUUUUAAUUAACACUCAGUCACCACAUUAUGUAAAAUUUUACAGUUCAUUAUCACAGGGUACAGGACAUUUAAAAUGAUGAAUCUUAAUUCUGUUGUUUAAAAGAGCUUUUUGGUUAGAUUAAAAAAACAAAACAUCCAA